CCUGUAAUGGCGGCGGCCAAGGCGGAGGCGAGCGGCCUGUGCUCAAGCAUGGCCGGGGCUGGCGCCGGGCCCGCGGGGCCUACGAUGGACGAAGCGGGGGCCUCGGGGCCUGCGAUGGGCGAGGCGGGGGCCGCGGGGCCUGCGACGGGCGUGCCUGGGGCCGAGACGGGGGCCGCGGGGCCUGUGGUGGCCGAAGAACCGCCGCCGCCUCCGCCGCUGCCGGGGCUGCAGCUGGUGCGGCAGGGCGCCGAGGCCUGCGUGUACCGGGGUAUCUUCCUCGGGCGGGCCGCAAUCGCCAAGCUGCGCAUCCCGAAGCGGUACCGCCACCCGGCGCUGGAGGAGCGGCUGAGCCGGCGGCGGAUGGCGCAGGAGGCGCGGUCGCUGCUGCGGUGCCGGCGGGCAGGGAUUUCAGCUCCAGUGGUCUACUUUGUGGAUCCUGUCACCAACUCCAUAUACCUUGAAGAUAUUGUAGACUCAAUUACUGUUCAAGAUCAUAUUAAUUCUGUGCAGCAGAGUGGAAAUGAUACCAGCAGCCUCCUUACCUUAGCGGAGAAGAUGGGUGAGCUGUUAGCGAGAAUGCACGAUGAAGAUCUUGUACACGGGGAUCUUACAACUUCCAACAUACUUCUGCGACCACCCACGGAGAAAUUGGACUUGGUGCUCAUAGACUUUGGACUCAGUUUUGUUUCAGGUCUCCCGGAGGAUAAAGGAGUUGAUUUGUAUGUUCUGGAAAAAGCCUUCCUCAGUACUCAUCCAGAUACUGAAGAUAUGUUUAAAACUCUGCUAAAGUCCUAUGCAGCUGCAUCUAAAAAAUCCGGUCCUGUGAUCAAAAGGCUGGAUGAAGUACGACUCAGGGGAAGGAAGAGAUCCAUGGUUGGGUAGAAGAGAGUGGGCUUAGGGAUGGAGAAAUAUUGCUACUUAGUUUCUGCAAAUGGCGUUAUUUAUACUUCUAGUUGGUUUUAUUUCACAGAUCACUAUUUUGAUAACUGUCUACAAAUAAAUAAGUUUGAGUGAGUGGAAGUGUCAUGAAGUAACCAAAGUAAUUGUGAGAUGGGAGCACAGACAAGAGAGAAACAACUAAAGGUCACCUCUUCUGUAGAUGUUAAGUGUUUCUUCUAAAAAGUAGUUUACAGUUUUCUUUGGGUGGUUAGAAUCGUACUGAGUAAUCUUUCCCAGCCUGUGGACCAUGGAUUUGUGGGAGGUAUGAGGAGCCUGGGGGUACCAGAGCAUCUGUGAAAGGUAAUUAAGAAAAACAAGCGUGUAAUUUUUUUCAGAAGACUUUACAACAAAGUGUUUAAAACUGUUAUAAAUGGCUCUGUACAUCUAAGAAUUUUUAGGAUGCUGAAAUGAAAAUUUUUACUAAUGCUGAAA